AUGACACAGGAUGAGACGCAGGAAGGGCUGGGCCGCGAGAGCGACGAGGUGGUGCCGGUGUUCGGCCAGCCUCUGCCGAAGAUCCGCAAGAUCAGCGUCGACCGGCCCUGGGCCUGGCUGGCCGCCGGCUGGCAGGAUCUGCGCAGCGCCCCCAGCGUCGGGCUCGGCUACGGCGCGAUCUUUACGGUGGUCGGCUUCCUGCUGCUCGGCAUCGCCUACGAGCUGGGCCUGUUCUGGCAGGUGCUGCUGCCGAUCGCCGGCGGCUUCCUGCUGGUCGCGCCGGUGCUGGCCGUCGGCCUCUACGAAACCUCGCGCCGCCUGCAGGCGGGCGAGCCGACCUCCAUGGCCCUGGCGCUCGCCGGCUGGCAGCGCAAUCUGGGCCAGAUCGCGCUGAUCGGCGUGGUCGGCCUGGUGCUGUGGAUCGCCUGGAUGCGCCUGGCCUUCCUGAUCUUCAUGCUGUUCUUCUCCUACGAGCCGCCGCGCCCGGACAACUUCCUGGCCGACGUCUUCCUGUCGGACAUCACCAUUCCCUUCCUGCUGACCGGCACGGCCGUCGGCGCGGUGCUGGCGUUGAUCGCCUUCGCCAUCUCGGCGGUCUCCGUGCCGAUGCUGAUGGACCGCGACGUCAACGUCAUGGCCGCGGUGGUCACCAGCGUCGAGGCGGUGCGCCAGAACUUCUUCCCGAUGCUGGUCUGGGCCUCGCUGAUCGUGCUGUUCACGGCGGCCGGCCUGCUGACCUUCUAUUUCGGGCUGAUCAUCACCCUGCCACUGAUCGGCCACGCCACCUGGCACGCCUACCGCGACCUGGUGGCGAGCGAGUAG